UCUCGCGGAGACCAUGGAGACGGCAGUUCACAGGAGCGAUAUUUUCAUCUCCCAGCUGCUGCUUUUCAGCCAAAUAGUUGUGGCAGCAGAGCCGCUGGUCCGAGGCCUGAGGAAACUCCCCGAAGAUGUCGACUGGUCCUACUCUGGUGCCCUGAACCAGCACAGCUGGGGAAAGAAGUACCCGCCCUGUAACAGCGCCCGGCAGUCUCCUGUGGACAUUGACGAGACGUUCACCCAGGUCCGGCUGCAGUACCAGAAUCUACAGCUAGAAGGCUGGGACAAACUGACCGCAGAGUCCAGCACCAUCCACAACAACGGGAAGACUGUCUCCCUCCAUGUGGAAGGGGAGUUCUUUGUAUGCGGAGGAGGGCUGAGCUCUAGGUUCCGUGUUGCUACAGUCACCUUCCACUGGGGGCACUGCAAUGCCACGUCAGAUGGGUCUGAACACAGCCUGAAUGGGAUGAAAUAUCCUCUGGAGAUGCAGAUCUACUCUUACGAUCCAGAUGACUUCCAAAGUCUGGAGGACGCUAUUACAGAAGGAGGGAGGAUCGCUGCCUUGGCAGUGCUCUUUGAGAUCAGCUUGGAAGACAACGAGAACUUCCGUCCUGUAAUAGAGGCCGUCAACACUGUCAGCAGGUUUGGUAAGAGCGGGUCGAUGGAGGCUUUCACCAUGCGGUCCUUGCUGCCGAAUAACACAGAUAAAUAUUACAUCUACAAUGGCUCACUAACUACACCCCCCUGCUCUGAAACGGUGGAGUGGAUCGUCUUUAAACACACCGUGGCCAUAUCCGAAACACAGUUGGAGGUGUUUUGUGAGGUGAUGACCGUGCAGCAGGCUGGAUAUGUGAUACUGACGGAUUACCUGCAGAGCAACUUCAGGGAGCAGCAGCAGCAGUUCAUGGGUCAGGUGUUUGCGUCGUACACCGGAGUGGAGGAAGUGCUCACACCCACCUGCAGCUCGGAGCCAGAGAAUGUUCAGGCCGACGCCCAGAACGACACAACCAUCAUGGUGAUGUGGGAGCGUCCCCGCGUGGUUUACGACACAACCAUCGACUGGUACACCGUCACAUACCAGAGGCUACAGGGCCGAGACCAGAGCAAGCAGGAGUACAGGACAGAUGGGGACCAGGACGUGGGUGCCAUCAUCCCUAGCCUGCUGGCCAACAGCAGCUAUGUGGUUCAGGUGGUUGCAAUUUGCACCAAUGGACUCAGAGGACGAUGGAGUGACCAGAUUAUAGUGGACAUGCCGUUAGAUGACCCUGAAAGUGAUUCGGAUCCCGACGCCAUCACAAAGGAUUUGGAAGUCCGCAGGGAGGUAGGGGCGGUCUCAUCUAAAGCCAAAUCGGAGAAGCCAGAGAACCAGAAUCAGGUGGAUUUGUCUCCAGAGGACCACAGCCCCGUGGAGGAGAUCCCAGUGGAGCAGACCAGAGUUUACCAGAACCAGCCUUCCCACCACCAGAACCUCCCGUUCCAGGUCAGCACCCCAAAGACUCCCUACAAGUCCGCCGUUCUACAGAAACCUCGAUCCAGCCAGAAUGGGAAAAAGAAGCCGGAUCAGAACGGGUCUAGUCCCGAUGAUAUGGAUCAGAACUGGAUCUACGAGGACAGUGAUCCAACACGCGGGCCGCUUACUAACGCCGGUUUUGACCGCAACGGCGCAAUAUGGGUCACUGAGGUAACCGAGCAGCCGGGCUUCCUGUUUCCAGUCGCUCGGACAAACACACUGCCGGCGGUUCGCCGACAAAUCACAGAAGAGGCCUCGUUGUCAGUGUUGCCACAUCAGUCAGGGGAUCACAGUAUACAAGACCGAGCUGGAGAAAGUGGCCUCCCUUCUCCCCAAACGGACGUCUACACCCCUCCUAUGGAGGACGUCCAAGUCACAGAUAUCUUCUAUGAAGACACAGUCAACAACUCUCCACUAGAAAGCAGCACCUCUGCUGCAACAGCGUCUUCUUCUGCUGCUGUGUUACCAGGCAGUAAAGUGGACAAAGUCUCUUUGCCGUCCUCUGGAGACAGCGACGCCCCUGCGAGCAAACCUCUACCAGAAACCAUCACCUCCGAUUCCUCCAGCCCACCCCCCCUCUGGAUCACGGCGAGGGCGGCCACCCCCAGUAACACGCUGGCCGAGUCGGUCUACAAAUCAUUCACCACCUCCCCUCUCCUCAGGGCACUGAUGCAUACGACCCAGCCCAUGUUCAACGAGGGAAGCAACAGCAGCCACGAGUCUCGGGUCGGGCUGGUCGCAGGUCUGGAGAGGGAAAAGAGGACAGUCGUUCCUCUGGCUGUCGUCUCCACUCUCACCAUCCUCUGUCUGCUUGUGCUUGUGGGCAUACUGGUCUACUGGAGAAACUGUUUCCAGGUGGCUAAUUUCUACCCAGAUGACAGUGUGUCACCUAAAGUCCUAUCAGCUCCAUCUACACCCCUGCUGCUGGCCACAGACGGUCACGAGCCGCUGUCGGUGAAACAGUUUGUGAAGCAUGUCAUGGAGCUGCACACCACCAACACUUUCUCCAAGGAGUUUGAGAUUGUCAAAGAAUCCUAUGAGGAAGUGCAGGCAUGCACCGUGGAGAUCGGCAUCACUGCAGACAGCUCCAAUCACCCCGACAACAAAAGCAAGAACAGAUACAUAAACAUACUGGCCUAUGACCACAGUAGAGUCAAACUGUCCAACAGCUUGGACAGAGACGGGAAAUGUGGAGACUACAUCAACGCUAACUUUGUAGACGGUUAUGAGCGAACAAGGGCGUACAUCGCAGCUCAGGGGCCCCUCCGAGCGGGCCGGGAGGACUUCUGGAGGAUGAUCUGGCAGCAGAACGUUGGAGUCAUUGUCAUGAUCACCAACCUCAAGGAAAAAGGACGGACAAAAUGUGACCAGUACUGGCCGGAGGAGAACCAGGAAGAAUACGGCCCGUACCAGGUGACCCUGAAAAGCAGCAAGACCCUCGCUUACUACACGCUGCGGACGUUCACUGUCAGAGAUACCACAAAUAAGGUUUCUCAGAGGAGAGUUGAACACACCGUCCUCCAUUACCACUACACCCAGUGGCCAGACAUGGGCGUCCCAGAAUACACUCUGCCUGUCCUGUCCUUCAUCAGAGCAUCCUCCCGGGCGCGGACACAGGAGAUGGGACCCGUACUGGUACACUGCAGUGCCGGUGUAGGAAGGACCGGAACCUACAUAGUGAUAGACAGCAUGCUGCAGCAGAUCCAGGAUCAGGGUACGGUGAACGUUCUUGGUUUCCUGAAACAUGUCCGAACGCAGAGGAACUUCCUGGUUCAGACACAGGAACAGUACGUGUUCAUCCAUGACACUCUGGUGGAGGCCAUCUUGAGCCGUGGCACCUCGGUGACCUCUGACCUCCUCCACACUUAUGUGUCUGACCUUCUAACCCCUGGGGCGUUAGGCAGGACGCGCAUGGACAAACAGUUCAAGUUGAUCAGUCAGCGUCAGGCCAAGCACGCCGACUACAGCACCGCCCUGAGAGACGGCAAUGCUGAGAGGAACCGAGCCAGAGCUCUGAUGCCUGUGGAAAGAUCAAGAGUGUGUCUGACCGCUGCCGAGUCAAACUCCACCGGGUACAUAAACGCCUCCUACGUCAUGGGACAUCACCACAGUAAGGAGUUCAUAGUGAGCCAGACUCCUCUGAGCAGCACGGUGGCAGAUUUCUGGAGAAUGGUCUGGGAACACGGCACACACACUGUUGUCCGUCUGCCAGACACACACUGUCAGAGUGAACAGGGGGAGUCUUGUGUCUGGCCCAGUAACGACCAGCCAAUGAGCUUUGAGGGUUUCACUGUGUCAUACUCGGGGGAGGAGCAUGUGUGUCUGUCCAAUGACGAGAGACUUUUGGUGCAGGACUUUACAGUGGACUCUCCAGAGAACAAUUAUGUGUUGGAGGUGCGUCAGUACAGCGCCGCCUGCUGGCCCAACCCAGACAGUCCCAUUAGGAACUGUUUUGAUCUGGUCAGCACAGUCCGAGAGCACAGCAGACAUUCAGACAGACCCACAAUCGUACACGACCCGCUGGGAGGUGCUACAUCAGGGCUGUUCUGUGCCCUCACGGCCCUGUCCAGUCAGCUAGAGGAGGAGGGAGCGGUAGACGUUUACCAGGUGGCACGGAUGACCAACCUCAUGAGGCCUGGGGUUUUUAAUGAUUUAGAGCAGUACCAGUAUCUGUACCGAGCUGUGCUGAGUGUGGUGAGCAGCCAGGAAGACCAGAGAGCCCUGCAGAGUCCAGAAACCAACGGAUCGGUACCACUGGGACAGACCAACAUCGCUGAGAGCCUGGAGUCACUCAUGUAGACACAGGCAAAAAACAACACGCAAACAUGUCACAUACACAGAAAAUAUGCAUCACACAGACACACACACACACACACACACACACACACACACAGACUGAGUGCUGUGGUGACUGGGGUUUUAGUCUGACAUGCGAUGAGAGGAUGAACACCACCAUUUCUGUGUCUGUGGUUCAUAGCUGUGUCCGCUGGGCGUGUGGCAGGUUUAGACAGGUCAUUAAAAGUGCUAACCUUUACUCACUGUGUCUUACUGUCAGCGUUAGCGUGCACAGCAGACUGAGCUACCAGAAUCCACCAGGCGCAGAGCUUAUUUCUGAUGUUUAACCCUCAUGUCGGACACAGUGACCAACCGGCCAUGACGUGACUCAUCCUUUUAAAAGGGCAAAGGUACCACUUUCUAAUAAGGCACUGCUUAUAAAGGAUUUCAUUUGAGAUAUAAAUGGUUGAUAAAUAAAGUACUCAUUUUUCAUAGAUCCAUGAUAGGUCUUUAAAUAAACAAUGUUUGUGUUGCCAGGUUGUUAAACUCCCUUUGACUGCUCAGACAGUUCUUUCUGGAAAAGGGAUUUGGACAAUAAGGACCAAAAUCUAUUUAGUCAAAUUAUAACUACGUUCUUAAUGGCUUAAGAAUGUAGUGAGAACUCGAUGAGCAUUUAUUAAGGGUAUAUAACGAAGUAUUUUACAAAAAAAACUGUGUAUAGAUUAAUACAAAAGUAGUUCUCUACUAAAAAUAAUAAUUCUCUCUUUUCUUCUCAUUUUGCUGAGUGUGGGACGUUUAUGGGCGUCAGCAAAAAGCCUAUGAGCCCCAUGUGGGUGUGUAACCCCACAGCCAAUAACAGCGUGCAGGGUGGGCAGCCAGUUCCGAUUUCCAAUACUGCCGCUUAAUCUCAGAUGAAGCUCUGCCUUCCCACUGAAUCUAGCAAUGUGGCACCUUCCCGCAGAGGUAUGGCUGUGUUUAUUUGUGCUUUGGAGCGUAAACGCUGUGAAACAAUCAGAGAAAAAAAAACCGUUUUAUUCCUCUGAUUCACUGCUUUGUGCAGCGCUCCCUCUCUUCAUUCACUCUCUAG